AAGAACAUCCCCUUUCAUUACCCAUCGACGCUCAGUUCCUGAAACCAAAUUCGAAAGAGGGAGGGACUGAGAGAGAGGGACUGUAUGCGUGCGUGUGUGUGAGAGAGAGAGACUCAGAGAGAGAGAGAGAGAGAGAGACAGACAGACAGAGAGACUGUAUGCGUGCGUGUGAGAGAGAGAGAGAGAGAGAGAGAGAGAGAGAGUACCACCAUUUAAGACCAUAUACGUGCGUGCUGCAUACGCCAUUUCCUCCCCAACCUUUUUCCACACCAGUAUUCUGAAGCCCUAGAUCUUCAGCACCCACCACCACACUUCAAUUCUUCACAUCUGACUUUGAAUUUCCACCCUUACGUCGGUCCACACGCCUCUUUCAUUCUCUUUCCGCAUACUCAGAUUCAGAUCUGACCGUUUCGGCUUCCCACGCUGCCCCACCUCACUGCUCCCUAUUCCGCACCUCCGAAUUUGGCAUUUUCUCGCUGCUAAUCGAACGGCGUCCCUCCGAUCGCGAAUUUUCGUACUCUUUUAGCUGUUCAAGCAUUUGGGCCAGCUAAUUUAUUUGUAUUUUUGCAUCGGAUUGUAGCUCAGUUGAUUGUCUUGAUUGCGUGUUUAACCUGAAGAUCUUGAUAAUUAAGCUGGUUCUCUGUUUUACUUCAUGAAUUGUAUGUGGAUCUGAGACUUCUGAGUGUGUUUUAUGCAUGUGAUAGUGGCUAAUUUUUAGUGGGCUUUCAUGGCAAUGCCAUCGGGAAAUGUGGUUAUACCUGAUAAAAUGCAGUUUCCGGGCGGUGGCGGUGGCGGUGCUGGGGCUGAGAUCCACCAACCCCACCACCGACAGUGGUUCCCUGAUGAGCGGGAUGGGUUCAUUUCUUGGUUGCGUGGGGAAUUCGCGGCUGCCAAUGCCAUUAUAGAUGCUCUGUGUCAUCAUUUGCGGGCGAUCGGUGAUCCCGGGGAGUACGAUGUGGUUUACGGAUGCGUACAACAGCGGCGUUGCAAUUGGAACCCGGUGCUUCAUAUGCAACAGUACUUCUCAGUUGCCGAUGUUAUUUAUGCUUUGCAGCAGGUGGGAUGGAGGAGACAGCAACGGUAUUAUGAUCACUUGAAGGUGGGAGGGAAGGAGUUUAAGCGAUCUAAUGUGCACGGUGUUGGCUCCAGGCAGGCUCAGAGGGUUGAAAGUUUCAAGGAGAGUCAUAAUUCUAAUGCAGAAUGUCAUAAUAUUGAUGGUAUUUCUUCUAAGGCUUCGGUUUUGAAGAAAGUAGAACGAGCAAAUGAAAAAUCCGAGGAACCCAAAUUUGGGAGUGAGAUUGAAAAACCAGAUGAUCAGAGCGUAGUCCUUGGCGAGGAGAAGAAAGGCACUGGAGUAGAUGAUGCUGCAAAACCUCAUUCUGAUAGCUGCUUGAAGAAUUCAGGGAGUGCUGAAGGAACUAUGAAUGGCAAUUCAGACACUGGGGCCAAGGAGGCAGAUGAUGGAUGCACCACAGGCUCUAAAGGAUCCAGUAAUAUGCCUGUUGGGAACGAUUCACAUUCCAUCCAAAAUCAGAAUUGGAAGCUGAAUCUCACUUGUAUUCCAAAAACCUUUGUUGCCAAUGAGAUAUUUGACGGAAAAGCGGUUAAUGUGGUUGAUGGACUGAAAUUGUAUGAAGGGCUAUUUGAUGCCUUAGAAGUUUCAAAACUUGUCUCAUUAGUAAAUGAGUGGAGAGCUGUGGGGAAAAGAGGACAGUUUCAAGGUCAGACUUUUGUGGUGUCUAAGAGGCCUAUGAAGGGACAUGGACGAGAGAUGAUCCAGUUGGGCCUUGCCAUUGCAGAUGCGCCUCCUGAAGAUGAAAAUGCAACUGGGACAUCUAAAGAUAGGAAAAUAGAACCGAUCCCUGUCUUGCUGCAAGAUGUUAUUGAAUGCUUAAGUAGCACGCAAGUUAUGACUGUGAAGCCAGACUCUUGCAUCAUUGAUUUCUUUGAUGAGGGUGAUCAUUCCCAGCCUCACAUGUGGCCUCCUUGGUUUGGAAGGCCCAUCUGUGUCCUAUUUUUGACAGAAUGUGAAAUGAGUUUUGGGAGAGUAAUUUCGGCCGACCAUCCUGGGGAUUACAGUGGUUCUCUUAGACUCUCUGUUUCACCUGGAUCCCUGCUUAUGAUGCAAGGAAAAUCAACGGACUUUGCUAAACAUGCAAUUCCUUUCCUCCGCAAACAACGAAUACUUGUUACCUUCACAAAAUCUCAACCAAAGAAGGCUGCAUUUAAUGAUGGUCAGCGUUUUCCUUCAUCUGGGGCUGCUGCACCGUUACACUGGGGCCAACCGCCUAGUAGGCCACCAAAUCAUAGUCGGCAUCCUGUUGGUCCCAAGCAGUAUGCACCUGCCUCAACAACCGGUGUAUUGCCAGCCCCUGCCAUUCAUCAGCAACUUACACCUCCCAAUGGUAUUCAGUCCCUGUUUGUGAGUACCCCAGUUGCCCCAGCAAUGCCUUUUCCUGCUCCAGUUCCCCUCCCUCCCGGCUCAACUGGAUGGCCUGCAGCCCCAAUGAGGCAUUCUGCACCUCGCCUUCCAGUCCCCGGCACUGGAGUUUUUCUUCCUCCACCUGGCUCUGGUAAUUCAUCUCCUCCUCAGCAGUUGACUACUGCAACUGAAGCGAACUUUUUGGUGGAGACCGCUUCUCAAAUGGAAAAAGAUAAUGGGUCAGGGAAAUUGAACUCUGACAACGGUGCGUCUCCAGAUGGGAGAUCAGAUGGAAAAGAACAAAGAGAAGAUUGCAAUGGAAGCUUGGAUGCAACUGGUGGUGGAAGGGUUGCAGUGAAGGAAGAAGAGCAGCCAAAUGUUGAUGUGAAUGCAGCAAGUCAGUUGGCAGGAGCAGUUUAGAGAGGCUACAACUGGAAGCAAUUCAGUUGGAGCAAUGAAAUGAGAGAGAGAGAGAGAGAGAGAGAGAGAGAGAGAGAGAGAGAUUGUAUUCUUUAAAGGGAAAGGGGUAGGCUGCAAACUGUAACGAGUCUGAAGCAAAUGUAAAAAGCGGCAAAAUUUGACACUUGACAUUUCAUACUGCUGGGGAAGAAGGGGAACGAGAAGUCUCUUAUGUUCUCUUUGGUAACCCUUUGUUCUCUGUUACUUUUUUGUUGUUAUGUUAUAUUAUCUGUUACAUUAGAUGAGGAACCCAUCUUAAAUUUAACUUCUUCCUUGCA